GAUCAUUUUCUCAGGUAAACACAGGUCUCCGGUGAUUUGAGGUACAGCCUGAGAGUAAUCUCAGGUACAGCGUAGAACAUUUCAAAACCACGAUAAGAAAUACAAUGUCAGACGUAAAAAAAUGGUGGGCUGCAGAAGUAACUUUUAAAGGUGGUGCUUACUCACUUAAAUUAUGAAUCAAUACGAUAUCAAGAAGUAUGGGUGACAGUGAUGAUAAAAUUCCACCCAGGAUUGAAGUCAGUCAUUUUGCUGGUUCCAAAGUAUCAACUAUCUCUGAGGAAAGCCUAAUAAAUGGUAAUGAAGAGCUUCCUGGGGGAGUUAGUAAUCCAGUCUUUAAAGUAGAGGAACCCAGUGAAGUAACUACCCCAGAACCAGAGCAUUUUACCUUUGACACAGAAUCCAUUCAGCGUUUCAAGUCCCAGCCACGUAGAGGAACAUAUGCUGGAGGUAUAAAUCCAGCACAUAGAUUGUUAAUUACCGGGAGAAGAAGUAGUGAAAAUGUUGGCCCGCUAAAGAAUGACUUCAGUAUUCCAGAUAUCCAUACAAACCAUGGAAUACAGUUCACCAGUGAUGAUUUGGGACAGAAACAAUCCAAUAAUUGGGACAGUUUCCCAUCUGAUGGACAAUUACCAGCCCCUCCAACCCCAGGAUUACUGAGCAUCAAUGGUUAUGAUAGACACGGUCAUCCUCCACCCAGUCCUGGGUUACUCAGUAUUAAUUCUGUAUGGAGUGAACUGGGGAAAAUCAGCUCAAGAAGGUCCUCAUAUACUGAAUCUAAUGAAAGCUCAUUUAGAAGUGGAUCUCUGUCCAACCUCAGCAGUAGUCUCAGUGAGCAUCUACAUAACUUGGUGAGAGCUUUCUCUAGUCGGACAGAAAGGGUCAAGGCCAGUACAGUAGUGCCACCUUCACCUUCUGAUUCACCAGAGUAUGAUGCAAAUUCAGAUGCCUUAUCAGCCAUCACCAAUUUUGAGGAGCCUCCUCAAAGGACACAUAGGAUUGAUUCAUUCAUACCAGGUCACAAGCCUACCCCUACUGGAGAGCCUGAGGAAGAACAUCACCUUUUUAGGUGUUGUAGAUCAACAAGAUUUACCUGUAAAAUUCCUAAGGUGUUUGAAGCACAAAGUAAAAUUUACAUGGGGUGGUUAUUUUUGGUAACCUUGACUUUUAUGUACAAUGCAUAUGCCAUUCCACUGAGAGCAUCAUUCCAAACAAGAUAUAUGAAUGACAGGAACAAACUGUAUUGGCUAUUAGCAGACUAUACAGCUGAUGUUAUUUAUUUAUUGGAUAUUUUAGUGUUCAAACCGAGGCUGACCUAUUUAGUCAGUGGAUUGAAUGAGACUGAUGUUAAAAAAACAAGAAAACAUUACAUGAAGAAGAGUAUAUUCAAGUUUGAUGUCUUGUCAUUGAUGCCAUUAGAUAUAUUUUACUUUGUGACUGGUAUACAUGGAACAUCAACAUUACUAAGACUCCCAAGAUUGAUGAAGAUUCAAACAUUUUGGGAAUUUUACCAGAGAUGUGAUCAGGCUGUUAGAUCAGCACAUAUAUUAAGAAUUUUGAAGACAAUGACCUACAUGGUGUUCCUGAUCCAUAUAGAAACUUGUGGUUACUAUUCAGUAUCACUGUAUGAAGGAUUCGAUAAAAAUCUAUGGGUGUACAAUGGGCAAGGAAAUGCGUAUAUCAGGUGUUUUUAUUUGGCUACCAAGACAGCAACCUCUAUAGGAAAGAUAAACAAACCACAGAAUGAAUUGGAGUAUGUUUUCAUGACAGUUUACUGGUUGUCAGGUGUCUUUGUUUUUGCUUUACUGGUUGGUCAAAUACGUGACAUAGUAGAGUCUGCACAGAGGGUGAAGACAAUGUAUGAUAAAAGAAUGGAAACAGCUUUGAGAUAUGUUAAAAAUCUUAACCUACCAAAAGAAAUGAGAGAAAAAGUUAGAGUUUGGUUUCUGUACAACUGGCAACAACAAAAAGUUUUAGAUGAAAAGGCAUUAAUGGACACAUUACCUACGAAGUUGAGGACAGACUUAGCCAUUCAUGUACACUUCAACACGUUAAGUAAAGUGAAAUUGUUUCAAGAUUGUGACAAGUCUUUGCUGUACAAUCUGGUGUUGAAACUAAAGCCUAUGUUAUACCUGCCUGGAGAAUAUGUGUGUAGAAAGGGUGAAGUAGGAAAAGAAAUGUAUAUAGUUAGCCAAGGAAUAGUAGAAGUUGUUGGUGGACUUGAAAAUUCGAUUGUGUUUGCAACUUUAAAAAAUGGUUCAGUGUUUGGCGAAAUUAGUUUGUUAUCAGUGGGGACAGAGGGUAAUAGAAGAACAGCUGAUGUCAGGGUCAAAGGAUUCACUAACUUGUUCAUGCUGAGUAAAGCUGACUUUGAGUCGGCAAUGAGUGAGUUUCCUGCAGCACAUACAAUGUUAAAGAAAAGAGCUAGAAAACUACUAAGACAAAAUGCUAAGAUGACUAAGAAAGAAAGUGAAAGUUCUCUUUGUGGAAGUAAAGUGGAUGUUGAAGAAAUUUUUCACCCACCAAAGGAACGUAAAAAAACACCAAAAUUACUACAGACUGUUAUGCAGGUGAUGAAUCCAGCGUCCCAAGUCAUUAAGAAAUUAGGAUCUUCCUCUGAUGAGAUUCAAGGUCAUCAAGGGGAGAUAACUAAGUCUGAGGAUGUGAACUCAAGUGAAUUUAUAAAACCAGAUGGCAACAGCUAUAGUGAAAAUAACCACAUACAAAAUGUAGAUGUAAAGAUGAAUUCUGAUGAUAAUCAGAUGAUUGAAGUGAAAAAAGACAACUUACAGGAGGAUGGAGUUUCAAAGAAGGAGGAAAGUAGAUCUUUAACUGCACAGGAGGUUGAGGAUUUUUAUGAUGAAAUACUAAAAGCUACAGAGGGAAAUCCUAAAACAUUUGAUGAGGCUGUAAUGGGCACAAAGAAUCAACUAAACAGAGAUGGAACAGCACACACAGAUGACAGUGUUGAUUCGGGUGUGCAUGUUGCCAAAGCAGCAAGUCCCACAAGUAGUAUCAAAACUAUUAGCAAGAAGGCUAGUAAAGAGUCAUUUUUCACAGUAUCUACAGAAGAUACAGAUAAUCAAAAAGGAAAAGUGGGAUUGUUGGCAGAAUUCUUUGAAGAUGAUAUACAUAAUGAUCUGACUAAUAAUGAAAAUCAAACUAAAUAUGAAAUGGAAACUUCCAACAGUGCAGCAAAAAAACAAAUUCAUAAUGAGGCUCAUAAAAUUGUUGUGAAACCAGUCACGAAUGAAUCAGUAAAGAAACAGGGAUCUGAAGUUAUGAACAGAAAACCUUGGAAUUCACCAGUUAAGAAAGUUACAAAUCAUACUAACAAUAGUUCAAAUGUGUCGAAUAUAAAACCCACAAAAGAUUCAAAACAAAAAGGAAGUGAUACUACAAAGAAAGUUGAAAAAUCAGAUAAACAAACUGGUUUAUUAAUUAAACCUGGAUCAAAAAGACCUACUAUAAUGGGCAUGAAAUCUGCAAGGAAAAUAACACCUGAAAUUCGUAUUGACAGUGACCAUAUUACAAAACCACAUGUAAAGAAGAAAACAGAUAAUAAGUCACCUUCUAAAAAUGUUAUUUUGACGAAUUCUAGCAAACCUUCACAAAAACCGUUAUAUGAUCCUACUAAAAACUCUCAGAAAAAGGAUUCAGGAUUAAGUAUGAAAUGUGAUGAAAAGAAAUCUGAUUCUGUUGGAGAUACAGAUAGUCAGCUGGAAAAAAAUAUAUUUGAAAUUCUAGACUCGGAUGAAAAAUCUGAUGGUGAUAAACAUGAAAGAAAUGAAACAGAAAGUAGUAAUAAGAAACAAAGUUAUGAAAAAGAAAAUAAUAAUCAUGAAUGGAAAAAACAAAAUGAUAUUGAACAGAAAACUUACCUAAACCAAAACUAUGAACAUCGCAUUUCAAAGAUAGAAACCUCUAUAAGUAGUUUGUCAAGUGAAAUAGAAAAGGCAGAUGCAUUACUGAGAGAUCUAUGCUCUGACGAUGAUGAUGAUUUGAUACAAUAUGAACGAAAAGACGAGCUUAAUCAGUCUAAAGGAAACACUCACACAAAACCACCAUCACAAGGCAAAAUAGACGUUGUUGAGGCAAAACAACCUGAUACUGUCGCCUUUACUAUACCUGCCAAAAACCAAAUAACAUGUUCCGUUGAAGUUCAUCGGGAAAAGUCAUUGACCCCUCUGGACAUAAGGGGUGAUAUAAUUACACCUAUUUCUUUGACUGAAUGGAUUGAAAAUGCUAAUGAAUCUCUGAGGAAAAGAAAAGAGAGCUCAACAUCUAGUAUUUUUCACGAAACUGGAGUUUGAAAUUAUUACCAUGAAUUAUCACAGUUACAGAAAUUGUUUUUAAAUCAAAGUGCAAUUCUGUUGUAGGCAAAAUGAUACAAUAGAGAUCUUUAUACAUUGACUUUUCCCUAAAAUUUUGACAGAAAGAUAUUGUUAUCUGCACUCCCGAAAUUUGUAAAGGAUACAUGUAUAUGCUUUCAUGACUUAGUUUACAAAGAUAUUGUUAUCUGCACUCCCCAAAUUUGUAAAGGAUACAUGUAUAUGCUUUCAUGACUUAGUUUUUUAUUUUGGCAUGUCUACAUUAACUUUGCAGUAUAUUCUUAUGUAAUAAUGUCUUGCUGUCUCUCCUACCAUACAUCAGUGUCAGGUAUUGGUACUUAGUGAUAAUAGGAAAAUAACCAAAGUAUUCAUGCCUAGAGUUUAUUCAGGGAACUGAUGAUAAUUUCAAUGUAUUAUCCAGGAUAUUAAACAUGAUAAAUUUAUUAUAUCUGUUAAACCACAAUGCUUUAAGGAUAUUUGUUUUUGAGUUGUUUUUUUUUUUAGAUGUAUACUUUAAUUUAAGAAAAUAUGAACAAGUUUAGAAUCAUAUAUCAAGGUUGCUGUACACAAUUUGUUAAUGCAUUGUCUAGGAAAAAUUCAGAGGAGUUUGAACAUAUUAAGGAAAUGUUGAAAAACUGAUUGCAGUUUAAGAAUCUUGUAAAGUUAUAGGAUAUAAUGAACAUUAUAAAACGAGAAUGUUUUUUAAUAACCUGACAUUUUACAAUCUGAAUACUAAAAAAAGAGUCUUGAUUAUAUUUCAAAACCAGGAUCUUAUUUUAUACUAGAAUUUUUUAUUUUUGUUGUAUUUAUGAAUUUUACAUAAAAUUCUAUCUAGUCAAUGGUGGUUUUUAUACAUAGAGUCUGUUGUUAACUUAGUACUUAAGUUAUUGAUUUGUUUGUUACAUAAUUUUGUAUUGUUACUUAUAUUUUUAUAUGUCAUGUGCAAUAUUGUUUCCUCACAUACAAUAUAUUUUGUCAUUCCAGUGCAAUAUUUACUUUAAUUUUUCCUGCUCUUUUUAAUAUUGUCAUAUUAUGUAUUGCAUCAGUGAUCUAUCCCAUGUUAGAAUUUAUCAUAUCCAAGUCAAACUACUUUAAUACUUGUGUGCUUGAUAAAUAGAUGUUUGAUGUAUACAAACUUCUCUUGAAACAGAGAGUCAAUUAUUAAAAUGGUAGAAUUAAUUUAUUUUAUACAAGGCACUUGCCUUAUACUAUUUUUUUUUACCAGUUGAUCAGUUUGAAGACAAAAAAUCAAAAGUAAUCUAAGAAACCAGCAUAUAAAAGGUCUUCAACAAAAAGUCCUAUACAAUAUGUCAAGCUGUUGUUAUAACCAAUUUUCUUCAAUUAUUGCUGGUUCUGUAAACUAUACCUUUGAAAAAUUCCACUGAUUGAUGCAAACAUUGUAUAUGGCCACCAUCAUCACACAUAACUGAACAUUUGACAAUGAAGACAUUGAUUCUGUGUGAUGAAUGAAGCUAGGUGAUAUUUACAGAUUCAAAUUCAAGCUAUAAGUGAUCUCUAAAGCAUUGUUUUCUUUUUGUACUGUUAUAUAUUUAUUGUUAUUUAGAAAUAAACCAAUGUUUAUUACA